AUGCCGCCAGGUUUUAGUUUCUUGCAUGUGUUGAGGCCUCAUGAUCCUUACCAUGGUGGUCUUAUUGUUUUUUUCAAGAAGAUGUUCAAGGCCAGGAAAAUUGAAGUUCCGGUUUUUCAGACCUUCGAGGCUAUUAUAGUUGAAUUUUUUUUUGAGCGUCGCAAAGUUUUUGUUUUUGGUAUUUACAGACCAGGUUCAAAAUUGGUCACAUCAUUGUUUUUUGGUGAGCUGACAUCGGUAUUAGAACAUUUAUUUGCAUUGGGUGAUGGUUUGAUAGUGGCUGGGGAUUUUAACAUUCAUAUUGAAAGGCCUGGUGAUACACACUCAAUUAAUCUGCUUGAAAUAUUUGAUUCGUUUCAGUUAACAAACGUGGUUAAUGAGCCUACCCAUAACUUGGGUGGCACACUUAAUUUAGUUGCGUCCACUCCUGAUAUUCCUUUGUCUAAUUGUAGAGUGGAUCCCAGUGGUGGCAAACAUUUGGACUAUCGGGAGUCGUUCACAAGUGCCCUUCCAAAAGUUUACCAAUCAAAAAUUGGGCCCCAUUUAAAAUGUGGCCCAACAAAAAAUGGUUCCUUAAAAAGUGGGCCUUUCACAAUUUGGCCUCCCCAAAAAUUUGGUCUCACAGAAAUUUGGUCUUCAUAA